GCGCAGUAGCCAGGAGAUAUUGACAUUUUACUUUUGUUUGGGUUUGAGCGGUUUGAGAAAAGCAAAAUAAAUAGAAAAUAACUUCUAAAAACCACGAAGAAUAAUGCAGGACGAACAGGACGAUUAUGAGGACUUUGAUAUUCUAUCUAAUUUAAACAAUCUCAACAAUGAUCCAGUUCCAAUGAAAUUCUCAAAUGAUCCCGAAAAUCCUUCCGACCAGGAUGACAUUGAUGAUUUUCCUGAUUCACCAGGGCCUCAGACAAAAAAUCUCUCAAAUACCAAUGAAAAGGAGAUGAGCAAGAAGGAGCAGCAGCUGAUGAAGCGCUACAAGAAGAAGCUGGAAACGGUACAGAAGCAAAUCCAGAAGAAACAGUUGAAAGAAACUAAAAAUCAACCUCAGGGAAAAAUCAGGAAAAGAAGAGUAAUUCCAGGUGAAAAAAUUAGCAGGAGGAGAACAAGAAGAAAUCCUGGAAGCCCCCAGAUAGUCGAUUAUAUCACAAUUGGGGCACAGGAUAUGGACGAAGACUACAAAGAUUGCCCAAGGACGUCUGAAAGUAGUGGACAGUCAUCAUCCAAUAACGAUAUUGAUUAUGAGAUUACAAUCAAGCUCAAGUGGAAGGAACAAAUUGAAAGAAUUCCCUUCCGAUACCUUCAGUCAUUCCGAGUUCUCUUUGAGAAUCUCAGCAAAAAAGAAGGGGUAGCUCCUAAUAUGAUUCUCCUGCUGAUGGAAGAUCGAAUUGUAGCUCCCACAGAUACUCCUAGCUCUAUUGGCUACACGAGCAUUGAUUUUAUAAGUGGUCGUGUUGUUCAGCCCAACAUGCUCACUGUUGUAUCCCCAAAGAAGCUUCACCUUAAAAUCCAAUCUGAUCAGUGGAGGAAACCUCUUGCAGUGACGACAGAGAAAACCGACAAAAUUGAAGAUUUAUUGAAAAGAUGUGCUCUGGAACUGAAAUGCGCCACAGAUGAGAUAAACUUGAGAUUUGACGGGGAGAUUCUCAAUAGUGCGAUGACUCUGCAGGAUUUGGAGUUGGAAGGGGGUGAACUGAUCGACUGUGUAUUCAACACGAGGAGGCAAAAGCGAAAAACCACCCUCUGCUCUUCAUUAGAUUAUUAAAAUUUCGUUUGUCGAACAUCCGCCCCUAAUUCAAUUUUGCCUCAGAAAUGCAUGGAAUUCACCGGCAAAUUUUGAGGCAAAAUACCGAGGGGUGUACAACUCACGAAUAUUUUAAUAUUGAAAACUUUUGUACAUUAUUAUAAAAAUAUUAUUGACUAUUAAAAAAUAUCUUUAUUAAACUUAA